GAGCACGGUCGGCUGGUGGAUCACAGAUGGACAAAGGUGGACCGCCCGUUGGUGUGCAGAGCGAUCGUGGCGUCGAGAGGGAGGGUGUAACCGAGAGCCAGGGUGACAUUGGAGGUCGGCUGCAUGGAGAUGAUGGUGAUGAAAACGCAGGACUUGAUAGCUCUGACAUGGUGGAUCGCCUCCCUUGCGUUAUAGAGCGAUCGUGGCGUCGAGAGGGAGGGUGUAACCGAGAGCGGGGUGACACUGGAGGUAGGCUGCAUGGAGAUGACGGUGAUGAGAACGCAGGACUUGAUAGCUCUGACUUCGGCAACAUAGGAGAGGCCCCAGACAAGGAUACCAUCGACAGAGUCAUCGUUGGCGUUUGCACGACAGAUGUGGAGGGCGGAUUGCAAGGAGUCCAUGACACUUCGCAGAUGGGGGACGUUGUUAUGGAGGAGGAGGCAGGGUUGCGCACUGACCGUGAGCGCAGUGACAGUGGUGCAAUACGUAGUUUUGUCAUGAAGGUUGGGGUCCACGCUCGUGAGGAGGCACGAUCGGCCCCACCACAGGACGUAGAGGGAGACAUGUCCCUCGUGUUGAUUGUGAGGCCCCCGUCGACUUUUUACGCCGAUGACGAUCACACAGGUUGACGGAUACACGAUAGGCCAGGGGAGUCCAAUCUACCCGCUCUUGAUCUAGAGCUACGAAUAC